AUGCUAUCCAAAGCCCUCCAAAAACUCCAGCUCUCUCGCGACCGUCCCAAAGACAAUCCUAGCCCCACAAUCGCCUCUCUCGCGCGCAUAGCAUCAAUAGAAUCACACACCCCAAUUCCCACUCAAUCACCUCCAUUCUUUACAUUAUCUCUUGACAUCCUCUCUUUAAUCUUUCAAUACCUUACCUUCCGAGACCGAGUCUCCCUCUCUCUUUCCACAAAAGGUCUCCGCCACCUAUGCCCCCCAAUCCCACCGUCCAAGUGUCCUGAAGACAUCUCCCGUGCACGAUGUAUAACUCGUAUUCAUCGUCGUAUAUUUACUCCGGUGUCACACUAUGCACCUUCAAACCCACAUAAAUGUCCUUAUUGUAGUCAUAUACUAUGUCCUCCCACCUGCUCUACAGCACUUUUAUUAGAUAGUGCGACAGGGAUAUUUUACCCACCAUCAUUAUACCCCAUCCACCUCGCCGGGUUUAAAUACUCAAAGCAACAACAAUCACAAACAAACCAAGAUUCGAGAAAGAAUUGGCAGUAUAGUACAAUAUGGUGUGCUCAUCACCGAUGUCCGCGGGAUACGACGUUAACUCAAAAACCACCACUUCUGACCAGUUUAACAUCGUCAGCUUCGUCGUCUUUAUCUUCUUCGACUUCUCAAAGGAUUUCUACGGGCUCAGAGAGGUUUUUGGCAGAAUAUGAGAACCAAGAUACUUUUGCGUCGUUGAAUAAGAAACAGUAUCAUUUAUGCUUUUCGUCGCCAUCGUGGCUGACGGGGUAUAAACCGGAAUAUGAGUUGCCGGCGCGAGUUAUAAAAACGAGACGAGGGGAUGAUAUUUCAUCGGAUUUGAAGCUGGCUGGGGUACAGAGAUAUGGGUAUUUAGAUGAGAUUGAGAGGAAAGUAGUGGUUGACGCUGAAAAUGGAGAUGAAGAAGCAGGGAAAAAGAUAAAAGUAGUAAAAGGGUGGUUACAACCUUCCUACGAAAGGGUUUCCUACGAAAGUAUUUGUUUACAUUGUUAUAAACCCUUGGGAACAGCGAGUAAAAGUCUCUGGGCACUAGACUUUCCGGACUACUGCGACUGUAACGGUCAAUCUCAGGAUAAUAAUGGGAUCAGUACUAGGGAUGAUAUUCCGGAUACCCAAGAUCGUGCCGAAUCAUCAACAUCCUCGUCUACACCGCCCAAGAAAAGGCUCCCAGGCUGUAAACUCUGCGGCACUUCAACCGUAAAAUUCACGCUAAUAGAAGUCUUCGACCUCCUCCGCGAGAAAAUCUCACUAACAAAAUCCACCCUACGCCAAAAAUACUACCGCCUCUUCCUCGCAACCGAAUGUCUAAUCCUCCCAUCACCCCCUUCAAACCACCCUUCCAAAAUCCCCAUAGAAAGGGAAAGAAUCUAUCCACUUUCUUCCACCCUCUCAAAUACAUACCUUUCCAUAGUUAGGGGUUUGAAUGGUAAAGAUUAUAUCAUUCGUCCGUUACCCCUGCCACCGAGGAUUGGAAUUACGGAUUUACCUUAUACAGUGUUGAGAAGGAUUUUGGAGAUUUUGUUAGAGGAGAUGGAGACUGUUUAUACUUAUUAUCAAGCUAUGCAGAGUAGUUAUAUAUUUUUGAAGGCGUACUAUAGAGGACCUUUGGGGAAGGGGACUUUGAAGAGGUUGCAGGAGAGGUAUACGUAUAGUAGGGGGGUUAGUUGGCCUGCGCCGUUUCCGCAGGAUCCGAGGCAGGUUGGAUAA